AUGCCGCGACUUCCCGCUCUCCCACCUGUUCCUUAUAAAUAUACAGUCCCGGCGCUUGCCACAGUCUUUGCUUAUCUAAAUGCACGAUGGUCGAUGUUCUACGACUGGUUCCUUAUCAAAUCUCUAGCAACGAUCAAUAUCAAGAUCAAACUAGCAGAACGAGCAGACCGAUUGAAUCUGUUCUACGUGCUCGAGAAGCAUGCCUUGGCUCCCAAAUCUGCUAGUCGGCCUUUUAUCGUGUAUAACGGCCAGACAUGGACCUACAAGGAAGCCUACGACACUGUGCUCCGAUACGGACAAUAUUUCAAACAGACCUACGACAUCAAACCCCGGGAGAUUGUUGCUCUUGAUUUUAUGAACUCGGCCACUUAUAUUUUUAUUUGGCUUGGCCUGUCGAGUAUAGGAGCUAUUCCGGCGUUUAUCAAUUAUAAUCUUAGUGGCAAACCGCUGACGCACUGCGUCAAGGUGUCUACUGCCCGAUUGGUGGUGGCUGAUCGGGAAAUUAGGGAUAAGUUCACGGCAGAGCAGCUGGCGGAAUUUGCGUCGCCGGACUUUCGAGACGGAAAGGGUCCUGUUGAUGUGGUUUUUAUCACUCCGGAGGUCGAAGCUCAGAUUAUGCAGACACCUGCCAUCAGAGAAGAUGAUAAUCUCCGUAGUGGUGUCGCUUUGCGGGACAUGGCUGUGUUGAUAUACACCAGCGGUACGACCGGGUAUCCAAAACCGGCUGUUGUUAGCCUGUCCAAAUGUUGGUCUGGAGCUAUUUUUAUGGAGGGGUUUCUGUCCUUGAAGACUGAUGAUCGGGUGUAUACGUGUAUGCCGCUUUAUCAUGCCACCGGCGCUGUGCUUGGUUUCUGCGCCGUCAUGCUCAAAGGUUCUACAAUCGUGAUUGGACAUAGAUUUUCUGCAAAGAAAUUUUGGAAGGACGUUCGGGACGGCGAUGCCACAAUCAUACAGUACGUGGGCGAGACCAUGCGAUAUCUUCUUGCCAUGCCGAGGGGCAUUGAUCCAGUCACCGGUGAGGAUCUUGAAAAGAAGCAUCGCGUUCGUUUAGCGUAUGGAAACGGCAUGCGACCUGAUGUUUGGAAUCAAGUCAAGCAGCGCUUCAACAUUGAGACCAUUGCAGAAUUUUACUCUUCAACCGAAGGAUUUUCAGGACACUGGAAUCGUUCAGCCAAUGAGUUCUCAGCUGGCGCAAUCGGUCGUAAUGGAUGGAUCGGAGAACUUCUUCUCGGAGGAUCCAUGGCCCUCGUUGAAGUAGACCAUGAACUGGAGAUCCCUCGGCGUGACCCCAUCACCGGAUUCUGCAAACGUGUUCCCAGGGGAGAAUCAGGCGAACUAAUCUACGCCCUGGACCCGAACGACAUUUCCCACAAAUACCAAGGAUACUUCAACAACUCCGAAGCAUCAGAGAAGAAAAUUUUACGGGAUGUCUUCACCAAAGGCGACGCCUGGUUCCGCACCGGCGAUACGCUCCGAUGGGACACAGAAGGUCGAUGGUACUUCACCGAUCGUAUCGGCGACACGUUCCGCUGGAAAAGCGAAAACGUGUCCACCAACGAAGUCGCCGAGAUCCUUGGAAGCCAGCCUGAUAUCCGCGAAGCAAACGUCUACGGUGUUUCGCUUCCUCACCACGACGGACGCGCCGGUUGCGCCGCCAUUAUUCUAAAGAAUGGCGCUAUUGACGUUCCAGCCGAUAUUUUGGAGUCGCUUGCUGUGCAUGUCCUUGCGAAUCUGCCGCGGUACGCAUUACCGCUGUUUUUGCGGGUGACGGCUGAAUUGGAGAGGACAGGGAAUAAUAAGCAGCCGAAGCAUGUGUUGCGUCAGGAAGGGGUUGAUCCUGGUAAAGUGUCGGUUAAGGAUAGGCUGUAUUGGUUGAGGGGGGAUAAGUAUGUCCCUUUUACGGAAGAGGAUUGGGCAAGGCUGUCUGCGCAGCAGGUUAUGUUGUAG